ACCUACAUUUUAUGUCAAGAUAUAACUUUAAAGUACAAAAUGGGGUACAAAGUGGGGUGAGGAGAACAUAUUGUGUAUUCAACCAAUAAUUUAAGAAUGUGUUUGCUCACCCGGGCGGCCCGGCCUACCCAUCUGGGAUACAAGUCCCCCACCUCGUGUAUCUGUAGAUCACAAGUUCACGACCCUCGACUGAUAGAGGUUUACACCGUUGGAGCCUUCCAAGCAGAAUGAUCCCAUCGACUUGUAUAUGCGCCUCUGCUUUCCAGCUCCCACCUCUCUAUUCUUCCUCAACCAGGUGUUCCGCAAUUGGCGAGAGUUGUGCAAUUGAAGCUCGAAAUCUCAGAUAUUCGGUUCUUACAAAACAGGGAAAAGAACUCCCAAUUCUAAACGACUGUUCCCUGAGCAUUCCUUCUGGCCAGCUAUGGAUGCUUCUUGGGCCCAAUGGCUCCGGAAAGUCUACUCUUUUGAAGAUCUUGGCGGGGCUCUUGUGUCCUAACAGUGGUUCUUUUUAUGUGAAGAAACCAAAGAGUUAUGUAUAUCAAAAUCCAGACCACCAGGUGGUGAUGCCUACUGUGGAAGCUGAUGUGGCUUUUGGUCUAGGGAAACUCAACAUAUCCAUGGAUGAGAUCAAGCCUAGAGUGGCAAAAGCUCUGGAUGUUGUUGGCAUGUAUGAGCAUUUGCAUAAACCAGUUCACACUCUUAGUGGAGGUCAGAAACAAAGGGUAGCCACUGCUGGUGCUUUGGCAGAGUCAUGUCAAGUGUUGUUGUUAGAUGAACUGACUACAUUCUUGGACGAAAAUGAUCAGAUUGGGGUGAUUAAGGCUGUGAAGAAAUCUAUGCAUGCAUCUAAAGAACUUACUGCAUUGUGGGUCACCCACCGACUCGAAGAACUUGAGCAUGCAGAUGGUGCUGUUUACAUGGAAGAAGGCAGAAUCGUUAUGCAAAGUGAUGCAUUGAGUGUAUCUGACUUCAUUGAAGUUAGGAAGGCCUCUUAUCUGGAUCAAAUCAAUUUAUGACCAUCUUCUCAGAAGAAUCACAUUUACCCUUUGGAUCAAAUGGUGCACCAUAGAUUUUUGGUGUAUGAUUUCAAAUGAUGCUAUUUUUCUUUAUUGGGCAGCUCGUGAUUAAUUUUACGAUUUUGAUUUCUAAAUAAAUUUUAACUACCUGAAGAGUUUUAAAAAGAGGAACAAAGUUGAGCAAAGAAGUGUGUUGGAAAUACCUUCAAACAAAAAUGGAGAUGCAUUGCUUGCUUGAGUACCAGCAGGUUUCUUUAACAUUUGAUCUAUAGUAGAAGCAUGUUGGCGUAGUGGCAAGGAAGCCACUCCAAGCUUCUUUGCAUUUCGAGCCCCCCUCAUGCGCUUUAGAGGUUGAGAUUAUUAGAUUGAAUACACUACUGGGUUUGGG